AAUAUGCCAAACACAUUUCACAGAAUUUAUAAAAGAAAAAUAUUGGAAUUUAUGAAAGUAAAUUCAACAUUUAAACGUAAUUAUAUUUUAAAAUAAAAUAUGGUGGAUUUAGAUAGUGUGGAGACUACAAAGCCCCCACCAAAUUUAGCAGAACAAACAUCACAGGAAUUAUCUAACAAGGAGACAAAACAACAAUUGUGUCGUCUUUGUUUACAGCAAGAAAAUGAAGCUGACGCCGAUAAGAUUGUGGACAUUUAUGAAGAACCAGGUGUCGAUGAAAAGGGUGAUAAAAUUAAGGCUGUGGAAGAGCUUCUAUAUGAAUUGUUUAAUAUAAAGUAUGACAAAUCAUGCACAAAUCUGCCACACAUUAUUUGUCAUCGAUGCUGGGAUAUGGUGCAGGCUUUUAAUAGCUUCCGCAGUUUAGUUCAACAGUGCGAGGAACUGUUGCAAAAACGUUUGAAGCUGUUACAAACAAAUGCAUUUUUGUUAGAAAAUGAAGAAAGAAGACCUGGCUUAAAUGGUAAUCCUGGAGUGUUUGUGCCCGAUGAUGAUUGUGAAAUUGAAGAGGUCAAUCCAGAACAAGAUUUUGAAAGUUCUGAGGAUGACUUUUCUAUGGAAUCGGAUUCAGAACCCGAAGAUGUGGUUUUGCCGGUAAAAGCAAAUGAACCGAAUUUACCCCCAACAAAUGUUAACACAAAAGUUACAAAGGGCGCGGCGAAGAAGAAAUCUGCAGUUGUUAAUGCAACAGCAGCUGAGCCAAUGGUUAAUAAUGAUUUAAAUGUUCCCAAAGAAAUGCCGCCCGCCAACAUGCUAAUGGAGCAUAUGAAUUUGGAGUUUUCCAUUAAGAACACCUACUCCUGUCAAUACUGCGAUAUGUCAUUUACCACACAAAACGAUUGUACAGAUCAUGAAUCACGUCAUGACCCUAAAGCGCCAUUCCUGUGUAAUUUCUGUCCCAUGCGUUGCACCAGUCGCCAAGCCUUGAUUGGUCACAUUAAGGAGAUCCAUGAUCCCGAACGGCCGUAUGUCUGUGCCAUAUGCAACAAGGGUUUCUGUAGACGUUCUGAUCUUAAGAAACACUCUAUAGUCCACACAGGUGUUAGGCCAUUUGCCUGUCCCAUUUGUGCGAAAAGUUUCUCACGCAACACGAAUCUUACCAAACACAUGCGUAUACACAGCAGUAUUAAGCCUUAUGUCUGUAAACAGUGUCCGCGAUCAUUUUCCACUGCCACGGAACUUUUGCGACAUGGACGCACUCAUUCCGAAACUAGAACUUUCAAAUGUUCUAGAUGUACGGCAACAUUUGCGCGAAAGGAUAAGUUACAAAUGCAUGAACAGGCUCAUUAUCGCAAAGAAUCCGAAUUUCUACUAAAUCAAGCUAAACAACCGGGGCAACAAAAUUUGGCUGUAUUGCCACAGUCGGUGGAAAAUAUGGAAAAUAUGGUAUUGCCCAUUAAUCCAUACGCCAAUGCAGAUAUUAAUCAAGCCAGAACAACGGAAGAUAUACAGCGAUCAUUGUUUGCCGCUAAUCAGUUUCCACAAACUAAACCAGCAUUUCAGAAUAAUAAAAAAUCCUCUCAUGGUCGUAUACAUACCUGUGACAUAUGCAGCAAAUCUUUUACCCGACAACGUGAUCUCCAACGCCAUCAGGCUUUGCAUUUAGAUACGCUCUUCACAUGCAAACAAUGUGGUGUUGGCUUCAGUCGUCGAGAGAAGCUGGCCCGUCACGAACUGGAGCAUCAUGGUCCCCAGUACCCUUGCGAAAUAUGUCGCAUAACAUUCCACAAACGCGAAGAAUUGGAAAUGCAUUUGAAAAUGCAUGAACUACAACAAAAUGCCGCAUUGUCUGCCCAUCAAGCAGUGCUAAAUGCUGCUGGCGUACCACUUUCGCCCUUGGAAUUAACACAAAUCCAUCAUCAUACGGUGUCACAAUCAUUGCAGCAACCACAACCUCCUCCACUACCGCCAGUGGUUCCGCUGGCUCCUCAACGUCCAUCGGCUUCUGACAUCUCCUUCUACAGCAACAUGGUGCCAACCAUGAAUUUAGGGUUUUACAGUGAAACACGGCCCGAAGAUCGUAAUGGGAUUUAGGUUGUUGGCAGUGUUAAUUUUUAAAAUAUGGCUUGGAGUUUAUAUUAUUAUUAUCAUCUUAAUUAUUUUACUUUGUACUAAUUCUUUUAAUUUUAAUAAAUUUGUCAUAUAUUUAUUGAUAUUAAACAUACUAAA